AUGUCGCAAUUUUCAUCUUUUAUCAUUAUUUUCUUCUUCCUUUUUAGCUUCAUUGUUUGCUCUCAUGCUAUAAAUAAUGGUUUUAGUGUUGAACUCAUCCAUCGUGAUUCUUAUAAAUCACCACUCUACAAUCCUACACAAACUAAAUCCCAACAAAUUGCCAAUGCUUUACAACGUUCUAUCAAUCGAGCCGAUUAUAUCAGUAAACAAUUUUCUUUUACUAAAGACAAACUUAAGUCAUCUUUGAUGUAUGAUCGCGGUGAGUAUCUCAUGAGUUAUUCUAUUGGUACCCCUCCAUUUAAGGUCUACGGUCUUUUGGAUUCUGGUAGUAAUUUAAUAUGGCUUCAAUGUAAGCCUUGUAAUAUAUGUUACAACCAAACAUAUCCUAUUUUUAAUCCUUCAAAAUCUUCUAGUUACGAGAAUAUUCCAUGCUCUUCUAGUGCAUGCAAAUCUACCGAAGAAACUACUUCUUGUUCUAAUGAUAGGGAUGUUUGUGAAUAUACAUUAGAUUAUGGUCGUGGAACAAAGACACACGGAGAUCUUAUUUGGGAGACAAUUACAUUAGAGUCCACCUCUGGAUCUAUUGUCUCAUUUCCUAAAAUUAUGAUAGGAUGUGGACACACAAAUACUUGGAGAACCUCAAAAAAUUCAGGUAUGAUUGGUCUUGGAAUCGGGCCUAUGUCAUUUAUAAAACAAUUAGGAUCUUCCAUUAAAGACAGAUUCUCAUAUUGUUUGAUUGAUGAUAGGAAAGUUGAUCUAUCUAGCAAGAUCAAUUUUGGAGAUGCUGCUAUUGUAUCAGGUAAUAAUGUUGUUUCAACUCCUAUGGUUAAAAUGAUAGGAAACAACCAAGUAGACUACUACUAUCUAAAUUUGAAAGCAGUUAGUGUGGGAAGUAAAAGAAUAAAGUAUAGCGGUUUUAAGAAUAAAGGAAUAAAUGCUUCUACCCACAACAUUCUACUUGACUCUGGUACAACUACAACUUUUGUUCCACGUCAUUUUUAUCAUAAGUUAGAAUCAGCGGUUAAAAAAGUGGUUAAACUAAAGCGUUUUCACGAUGAUAGUGGUGACUAUAACCUUUGUUAUAAUAUCACAACCAAACAAGCCACAUCCAAAAAACCAAUCUUUCCUGUAAUUAUUGCACAUUUUAGUGGCGGAGAUGUCAAAUUAGAUUCUAAAGGCUACUUUAGCUAUUUAUCGGAAGGGAUUGAAUGCUUUAAUAUUUUCCCACAUGAACGUGAUUUAGGAAUCUAUGGAAACAAUGCACAAGUGAAUUAUUUAGUUGGUUAUGAUCUCAAAAAUAACAUUAUCUCGUUCAAACCUACUGAUUGUUCAAAGUAUUGA